GUACUGAGUUUGUGGCUGCAGAAGGCCGGUAUGAGUUACUCCAAGAUAUCUUUUUAGACCAAGUACUCCCACAUCCAGUCAUCCAUACCUACGUUUCAUCUGUCUCUGUCAAGUAUAAAGACUAUCCAAGCAGUAACAGUGCAGGAACAAAGGCGCAUGCGAAACAGUGGCAAGAGAAAGAAGCCCAAGAAUAACAUUACCAAAACAAACUCGACUUUUGUGACCAAGAUCACAACACACGAGAACUUAGCCAAAAUCCUUGCAAACCGCGCAGGUGAGGACGUCUAUCUCUUCUGGAACACCGGAAAGACAUUUACGUGGAGUGACCUAGGACAGAAGCCAAAUGAGCCAUUAUCACAUAUCCUAUUCAGUAAAGCGUUCCCUUCAUCGCAUGAUGUCAACGUCCUCACUCGAAGUUGCGAUCAUUUGGAUGUUAUCAUUGGGUUCUCGACAGGAGACAUCAUCUGGUUUGAUCCGCUCUGUAAUAAGUAUUACAGACUUAAUAAACAGGCUAUCAUCAAGGAUAGUGCAGUGACAAUGAUUAAAUGGAUGCCAGGGUCUGAAAGUCAGUUCAUGGCAGCAUUCCAUGAUGGAAGUAUUCUAAUUAUGGAUAAAGAACGAGAUGACAACGCCUUCUCGGUACCGGCGUCAUCUAACGAAAAUGUAUUUCAAGUCACUAGACCGAAAGGCAAACACAAUCCAAUAUCUCAUUGGCAAGUCAGUAAAAAACCAAUUACAGCAUUCGCUUUCUCGCCAGAUCUGCAGCAUGUGGCGGUGGUAUCGAUGGACGGUUGCCUAAGAAUAAUCGACUUCCGAAAUGAGAGACUUCUAGAUACCUUUUCUGCUUACUUUGGAGCCUUAAAUUGCGUUUGCUGGAGUCCUGACGGGAAAUAUAUUUUAACUGGAGGUCAGGACGAUCUUGUGACGAUCUGGUCGUUCAAGGACCAAAGGAUUGUGGCUCGUUGCCAAGGACACCAAUCAUAUGUUACUGGCGUUGCAUUUGAUCCUUGGAGAUGCGACGAACGAAAUUAUCGGUUUGGUAGUGUUGGGGAGGAUGCAAAGCUUCUCCUUUGGGACUUUAGUGUCAGCGCCCUUCACAAACCCAAGGCUGCUAUCGCCCAUAGACGUGGAAGCAAUGCCACUGUACUAAACAUGGCAGGAUCAGGAAGCGCAGGCUACAAACCAGGACAUGCGAGUAAAGGAAGCAUUAGCAGUCUUCGUGGUUCCGGUGGGCAUAGCUUAUUUUCUGGACACCAUACCAGCAAACCAUCGACUGCACAGCCGCUACAAACAACUCCAACACCAGCACCAGCGGCAGCAAUAUCAUCCAGCAACCACCAUCACUAUCACCAACAUCCACCUGCUAUUGCAGAGGAACCUUCGCCAGAAUUGGUUAGUAGCGAUACAACUACUGUAGCAUCAUUAAGUCAACAUAGCGGCAUGAGCGAACCUCAUCCUAUGGCAUCAGCAGGGGGAGGCAAUUCAUCGUCAAUGUUCUCUAUCUAUUCUUCAACGCCAGCUUCGGACAUUGGUCGCAGCCGUGCGUUUUCAGCCAGCACAGCCAUGACCAGCAGUGCAGCGGGGAUAAAAACCUUUUCGUCUUCACCUUCAUCGUCGAAUAACAGCGAUAUAAAUAACGCAAGCUCAUCGAAUGCAGUCUACAAAAAAUCUUCACAUGCACGCACACUACCACAUUUGCACCUUUCCAAGCAGCAGGCUCACUAUCCUGACAAUACUUAUGGAGGAGAGCACAUGAACAGCCAACAGCAAGGACAAGGAUAUAGUUCUUCAUCCAUUUUCCGAAGCAACAGUAAUGUACAAAGCAACGGUAGCGUGCAGCUAGUGCGGCCCCCUGAGCCGAGAUCACAUGUAGCCAUGCUGCAACCACUGAUGGUCAAAAGCGUCCAUCAAGAACCAUUGGCAAGCAUCACUUUUAGGGAGGAUGCCAUUAUGACAAGCGACCGAAGGGGACAUAUUAAAGUCUGGAAGCGUCCACCUGUUUCACCUCAACACCGUUGAAGACAAUUCUUACUCUUAUAACAGAUAUAAAAAAAAAUGCCAAUGUAUCUCCUCCUCAACUCUGAUGACUAUGCUCUUUCUUCAAUUGGUAUAUUAUUAUUAUUAAGGCCAUUACUUACAUACAAAUGAUUAAAGGGAAG